UUUAGCUUACAAACGCCUCCUACUUGUUCGCGCUCAAACUCUCGCCAAGCUUUAGGGAAGUGCUGCUCCAAAUUCUAAUUUCGUGCCUCUCUGAUAAAAAAUUCUGCAGCCUAUAAAAUCACAACAACACAAGUACUUCCUUGAGAAAGCGAGAAUGGCGGAGGGAGAGAUGUUGAAUAUGGAUGGUCCUCUUGAUUUUGAGAAGGAAGACCCCCUACUCAAUUCCUCUGUUGUUAAUAAGAAAAGGAAAAAGGUUAUUGGGUUGGAUGAUCUUUUGACCGACUUUUACAAGGAAAAAAGCAAGCUUAUUGAAAAGGAAAACAAACGAGCAAAAGCCUGUAAAAACUACAAUUCUGACGAAGAUGAUGAUGGCAAAGAAGCUGCACUAUCCAAUUUACUUCAUGGCUGCCAGGAUGAGAUGGAGAAAUUAAGUGGCGAGGAAGAGAAUGAUGAAUGGGGUUUAAUAGUUUUUGGAAAUCAGGAUUACCUAAGGCAUGCGCAAGACAUGACGCAAUCUGGGUAA